AUGGCUAGUGACAGAGUUCUUUAUAACCCUACUCAGUUGUAUCUAAAUGAUCAUGUAAUAAAUAAUUAUUUGGAACUUAUUAAUAAGCGUAAUUCAAAUGUUUAUAUAUAUAACACACAUUUGUACGCAAAUCUGUCUCCAGAAAGAUAUUCUUUGUAUUAUCGGUGGACAAAGAAAUUAGAUUUGUUUUCGAAGACAAAAAUAUUAGUCCCUAUUAAUUUAACUACUUUGAAACAUUGGGUUUUGGUAUGUAUGAAUUUAGAGUUAAAACAAAUGCAAUAUUAUGAUAGUCUGCAAGGAAAUGGUAUUUCCUACCAAAAACAAGUUUUUGAUUUUUUGAGUUUUGUACAUUUACAUUCAAGAGGAACGCCAUUAAAUUCAAAAGAAUGGUCUUUUAUAAAUGUAACUAACAUUCCUAUUCAAAAGAAUAGUUAUGAUUGUGGUGUAUUUCUUUGUACAUAUGCGGAAUACUUAGCCAGGGACGCCGUGUUUAACUUUUCACAAGAACACAUGGUCUCAUUUCGUCAACUUAUUGCAUAUGAGUUAACGACGAAAAAAUUAGUUGAUAUAAAUGUGGAAGCUCACGACAUUGAUGCAUUUAUUACGAGUAUAGUAAAUGCAUAA